CAAAGUUUCUGUUUCUGUUUUUGUUACAAUUUAUUAAGGCUGAAUAAUGUACUUUCAAAUGCAAACAAUGGUAGAAUGUUUGUCAUGUAUACAAGAGAUGUAGGUUCAAGUUCCAUGGGUUGCCUUCAACUUUUUCUAUCAACACAAUAUUUAUAUGCUUUUAUUAAAAGCUUUAUUACAAUAAAAGAGUUAUAUCCUGCUAUCAACAGACACAUUUUCCCAAUCCCAGGCAAAAAUUAAAAUCAUCAGUGUCCUCAUUGUUGGACUCAAAUUACAUUCACACAUCCAUUGCUAAUAGAUGCAGCUUUUAUUUCUAAAAUUUUUUUUUCUUCUUCUCACUUUAGAAAUGGUUGAAAAAGUUGAGAGAGGAGACAAUACUUUUGUAGAGCACUAGUUCAUGCCAAUCAAUCAAGUAACUUUAUUUUCAAAUCAAAGGCCCCUUUUAAUUAUUCAAUUAAUCAGUAACUAAUUUUUUAAAAAUAAAUGGCUUAUAAACAUCUUCCACGCUGCAAUUGUUUUCGUUCCAGCACACGAUCUCAGAUCAGGUCGCUUGCUAUGCAAGUACAUCCCCAAAUAGGUAUAAUUUUCAUUUUUAUUAGUUUUGUUUUUUUCCUAACAUGGAUUAUGAUUAAGAAGGGAGGUUACUCUAUAGAAAUAAUGAUGAAAUUUAACUCGAUAUGUCCAGUAGUUGCAAAAUAACACGUUUUGUUAAAAGUUUUAACUCUUAAGGUGGAACACAAGUAAUGAGUCGACUAGAAUCGAGAUUGUUUUAAAGAAAACUGUUGUAGAAAUGGAACUUGCCAUCGCUGGUAUUAUGUUGAUUUCAUAUGCUAUAAAAGUCAGGUUAAAGAGUAACAGCUAUAAAACAAUCAUAAAACAAUUAAUAAGAGAAGAGGAUUUACUCAGAGAAAAACUCAUAUUGGAAGAUGACAAGAUAUUUCAGGAAAUCAGAGAAAAUAAGGAUGGUACUUAUUACAUUGGCGGCGUUGAUGUUUCAUUCCAAGAUGAUGGGAAAGCAUGUAUUGCUUUGGCUGUAGUAACAUUUCCUGAAUUAGAGGUUGUUUACACCAAAUAUAAACACUUUGAUAAUCUACUGGAAUAUAUCCCAAGUUUCCUCGCCUUCCGUGAAGGCCCUUGUGUUAAGAGUCUUUUCAAUGAUAUGAAAAAAGAAAACCUGCCCUUUUUUCCACACGUUCUUAUGAUUGAUGGAAAUGGUAUUCUACAUCCAAGAGAUCUUGGUUUAGCUUGCCAUGUUGGAAUAGACUUGGAUAUACCUAGUAUUGGUGUUGCUAAAUCUCUUUUUUAUUGCCAUGGAAUUCAGAAGGACAGCAGUUUCUAUGAAAAGGUACAGAACAUGAAAGAUGGUGGAGAUAGUUUCCCUUUAGUUCGAGAACAUGACAACAAAACUAUUGCUUAUGCUCUUAAAAGUACGAAAGAUUCCAAGAAACCCAUUUAUAUAUCCCAAGGUUAUAAGGUAUCUCUAUCAACUGCAGUAUGGCUUGUGAAGCAAUGUUGUAAGUACAGAAUACCUGAACCAGUUCGUAUGGCCGACCAGUAUUCCAGAAAAAUUAUCAGAGAAUCACAGACUUCAUAAUGAACUGAAAUAUCAAUGUUUGCUACAAUAUUAUUUUUUUAAAAGAAAAAAAAAACAUUUUUCUGGGAAAAAAACUAACAUAUUUUAUUCCAUGUUUAUUUCAUAAAAGAUACUUUCGAGGGUUUUUUUGUUGCUUUUACUUUGCUAGUCUUGCAAGUUACUUGGCAACCUCAUUAAUGCUGCUGCCACAAAAAAAUCUCACCCAGUACCUUCUGCAAAGUGGUUGGCAUUAGGAAGGACAUCCAGCCAUUGAAACCAUGUCAAGUUGACACUGGAGCUUGGUACAGUCCUCUGGCUCAUUGGAUUAUGUCAAACCUUCUAACUCAUGUCAGCAUGGAAUAUGGAUCUUAAAUGAUGAUGGUGAUACUGUCUUUUAUGCAGUGUCAAAAUUCCAUUGUAUUUCUUUGGGCUGGUCACUGAUAUAAUUCCACGGAAUGAGAUGCAAGUUUAUUUUGCAAUUUAUAAUAGACAGUAUUAUUAAGAAAUAUAUAUGGAAAGAGAAUAUAACAUCGAUUAAUUGGUCUUAAAUGGCUAAAAUAACCCUUCCAUAAUUUCGUAAUUGCUUCUGUUUAAAAAAUUGGUCACUGAUCAUCUUACUUGUCAAUCAAAUACAAUUCCAAAAUUUUGUUAUUUUUUUAUAAGCUUAUAAAAACACAAAAACAAAAAUAAACAAAUAUUUUUCUUAAUAUGAUUUUAAAAGAUUUUUUUUUAUAAAAAUCAACCAUGUAUUUUAAAACAAAAUUAUUUUAUACAUCAUAGUAAGUGGCUGUGAAUUUAAGGUACUGGACAACCUUACUACUAUCAUUGUAUUGCUUAUCUUUGUAUUAUUUGUUUGGUCAGGGCAAAGAGGCUGUGAUUGUGGCUUCCACUGUUCUUUCAGACUGGUAAAACUGAUGCUUCUUUAGCAUCCUUCUUGGACAGUUUUUGAAGUACACAGCUGCAGGAAAAUAAUAUGUGCAAAGAAUUUAUAUUCCAAAGAGAUGAACAUUCUGGGGCAGGGGAGGAAGGAUUGGGUGAGGCCUGGAAAGAAAGGUGAUUCAGUGUGUGUGGGAGGUGAAACUAGAUAGUGCCUUAAGAGCAGAGGCCAUUGUAGUAGCGUUAGAAAAGGUAAAGAGAGGACAUAGUAUAUCCAUGGGCCAAAAGAUAGAGUGUUUAUUGGGGAGUGACUGAAGUCAAAUGACCUAUUUUUCAGAUGCAGUUUUCAGUAUCUACUGACCCGGAUGUUGGAGCAGUAUUCCAUUGUGGGUACAGAUUUAGUAGUUUUUGGUGGGGGUGAGGUGUUUUAUUUUUUUUUCUGGCUCUGAGGAAGAAGACCACUUUUUAAGAUGCUGUAUUUGCAAUGUUGUAUAAGAGUGUUUGUUGAGGGAGAUCCAGAGAUGGGGAAACCUAGCAUUUGAAGUGAUUGUGAGAGCUCUAGUGGCAUGAUGUUCAUGUCAUGGCAAUGGAAUUGGUGUGACAAAAGAUUUCUUGAUAAGCAUACUCUUUGUGUCUUUUUAUUGUUAAAAGAGACAAAAGCUGCAUGACCUUCAUCGGAAAAAGGUGUUUGAAGUUUCUGUUGCUGUAGUUGAAGCAGAUAUGAUCCAAAGUGUUUAGUUGAUCUUGGAUAUGGUACAUAGCUUAAGUUUAUCCCCACUGAAAUAUGGAUGUUCUGUCAGAACAAUUUAUACUUUCAUAUUUGCUUUUGAUACAAAAUGCACCCCUGCUUAUAUUGCUCAUGGGAAAAUAAAAUCCCCACAACUCCAGUGCCGAGACCACCAGUUCAUGUGAUUUUCUUGGUCUUAUCAAUGAUGUUUGACAACUAGAAAUAGCUGUGACUCAUCUCUUCAUCAGUGAUAUAUAGAAUAACAGUGUCAGAACAGAUGCUGAUGUCACAGUUAGCCAGUGAGAUUGUUACAAAAUAUAUAUAGCUUUAGUUAAGUUAGUGUAUUAAAUGCUCCCUGCAUUGAAAAUGUUGCCUAGAAAUAAUAAUAUAGUGAGUCUAUUAGUCAGUAAUGAAUAUUAUUUUAAUUAAUCAUACUAGGGCUAAAUAUACCUUGCAGUUUCUCAAACUCAAUAAAAUGAAGUACCAGUCAAAUACUGGGUUAAUAUAAUUGAAUAUAGACAUUAAACAAAUGUAAAAUAAACAAACAUUUACGCCACUUCAAAUGUGAUUGGAACAUAUUUGAUCUGGAAAAAGGUCAUUUAUUUUGUUCUGGCCUGGUGGUCACAACAUACAGUCGGUGAAUAAUUUCUACUGCUUCUCUCUAAGGAAGCCAAGAUUUCCAGCCAUUUCAGUGCUGUCCUGUUUGGUCCCGAAUACUGAUGAUAGCAUAAUCAGUUCAAAAUACAUAUAUUAAUCCAAAGAGGGCACUCUGAAAUGACUGUUGCUGUUUUACCCCUUUUUCUUAAAGCCAUUAUUUUUCUCCAAGGCAAACAGCAGUGAAAAUAGCUUUUUAACAGACCAGAUGUAUCCCAGACGUAUUUGACCCGAUCUAAAAAUUUGUUUAUUGUUUUUAAUUAUACUACUAAAUACAUGAGACAACUCUAUGUGCUCUAGUUUCUUGACUCUCUGCCCACCUCUCUCUUUCACACACAGAUACAUACACACACACGCACACACAUGCAUGCUCACUCACACACAUGCACACACACACACACACACACACACACACACAACAGCAAUCCAUGGUUUGUUUCAAUCUUUUUCACAAUUAAGUAUUAACCCUUUAGCAUUCAGAUUCUGUCAAAUGCAUUGCUUAUUAAUUCACAUUGUUUUGAAUUAAUCAGGCAUUAUCUCAGUUUUGAGAUUUCAAUGAUGUAAUUGUUUAUUUGUAGAAUAUAACAUUGCUAGUUAAGUGUGAGAGGCUGAAUAUGGCUAGUUUGAGCAUAAAGUAGAAUAUUUGGGCCUGAUAUAGCCAGUUUAAAUGCUAAAGGGUUAAAUGAUGAAACAUACGUUCAGUUGUUAAAAAAUAAUUGCAUCGGCAAAUAAACAACCCACCGACCACCUCAUCUAAUAUGGAUAAAAAUUUGUCUAAAAGACUUGAAUUUCUGUUUUUGUACUGAGGUUGACAUUUCAUCCAUCUUGUGGUAGCAGUCUGAGUAGAUUUCAUAAAAUGCUUUGACCAUGGCUACCAACUGGAAAGUUUGAUUUUAGCAAGCAGAACCUUCCAUUGAGAUAUUUGCCUUAACCAUUUUGAAGAUAUUCCUAAUCAAUGUCAUAACAUUCCUUUUGUAUAUAUAUAUAUAUAUUAUAUAUUUUUAUAAGCACACACACACAUACCCUUUUUUCUAUCCAAAAAGGACUUUUUGAACCCCAAUAUUUAGAAGCUAUUAUCUAUAGUCUUAUGUGUGUUUUGAGAUAUUCCAAAAAAGAGUUAUUUCAUGUUCUCUUGAAAUUUUAUAAAAUUCUUAUAACAUCAAAUAUAUGUAUAUAUGUAUAUAUAUAUACAUAUUUUUAUUUAUUGGUAAAAUAAGUAUUUUUAUAGAAAUUCAUUUGUUAUAUAUUAUUAGCUGAUAUUCUAAUAAGUGAUAUGCUAAUAGUAUAACGUUUAAAUUUUAGUUUAAACUAAAGCUUCGAUAAGAAUAAUAUCAUUAAAUAUUUUUCUUUUAUUUAUUGUUAAAAUAAGUACUUUUACUUAUUGAUUAAAUAAGUAUUUUUAUAUAAAUUCAUUUGUUAUUUAUUGUUGGUUGAUAUAUAUACAUUCAUUUUAUUAUUAUUGUUGUUGUAUUUUGACCCGAAGAUUAGCUAUAUUUUUUAAUAGAAUUGAUUUUCGAUCGAUUUAUUUUAAUCGAUUUUAUUUUAUUUUAUUUUCUAUUUGAAAAUUUGGUUAUGAAACACAUGUAGUCAUUUUAUUAUUUUAAUAAUUAUUACUUUGUAUUUUAUUAUAGUUCCUUUUAGUGUAUUUAGUUGAUUAAAUUUUUCUAUAUGUGACUGUGGAUUUUCAUGGAUGAGUUCAGGAACUGUGGUUCUUUUCUCUAAAUUAUAUACUGUGAAUUGAAUUUUUACCUGUAAAUUUGGAUUUUUAUCCCUAAUAUUAUUAUCAUAUAUAUAUAUAUAUAUAUAUAUAUAUAUAUAUAUAUAUAUGAGCAUUGAAUUUAUCAUCUCUGUAUGAUCACCAUAUAAUUAUAGCUGUUUCGUAAAUUUCUUUAUAUAGUAUAAUAAUUAUGUUACACACUCAAAAUUUUGUCUGUACAUUUUUAUAUCAAUAUGUAUAAAGUGAAACUUACUCAUUGGAUCUCAUUCACACACACACACACACACACACACAUUAGACUUGCUAGCUAAAUAGAAUAUUUCUUUGUUGACAAGACCUAAUAAGACAGAAACAUGUCUGUUGUUAAAACUUGGUUUUAAAAAGUCAGAUUCAUUCCAGUCUGUAUUUUAUAUUAUGUCAAAGGAACAAAAAAGUUUUUAUUGGAAUUAUCUCCCGUGUUUAUUCUUUAGAUUUUAGUUGCCCCAAGAGAGAAAAGUUACUAUUAUAUAAUAACAUAUUUGAAACCCUACCAUAUUUGUAUGAAGUUUGUAAAUUCAAUCUCUGUCCUUUUUUGUUGAGACUUCUCAACUACCAAACUUAAAUAAGAGUACAUGUUAUUUUUAUCGAACAGGUAAACUGUAACAUACAAAAGCCUGGCUUCUUCUGAUUGCUAUUUCACUAUCAUUAUAAAUUAUGAAAUAAUCAUAAGUUUAAAGAUAUUAAGUUAACUGGAAGUUUUCAGUUACAAGUAUGUAUUAUAAGUACUACUUCUCAGAUCAUUAUUACAGGGAAUAGAGGGCCUGUGAUGAAUAUUUUUUAUAUUGUAGUUCACAACAGUCUUGAAUUUUGUAUCCACCAAUGAGUGUAAAUAUGUAGCAAAACAGAACAACAGAAUAUAUUUUUCAAAAUGCUUUACUAAUAAUAACAAACAGAAAUGUGUUUUUUUUAUAUAUUUAUGUCUGGUGAGCUUACAUAUAUUUUGAUAUCAUUUACAUUUCAAAGUUUGUUUAAGACAAGUUUCAUAACCAUCCCUGGUUCUAUAAUACAAAAUUUCUGUUUUAAAGUGACUUAAAUUAUACCCCUUCUACCAAAAUUAUUUAACUAAAUUCCUCAUUCUGUUCAAAAUAAAGGCAGUUUACUAAUCUUUUUAAUACAAAUAAAAUUGUUAACAAGU